AUAUGCUCACGAUUUCAGCCUGUUUGGAGGGAGAAAAAAAGCUUCAGUGACCAACUUUUUGGUGUUGUACUGCAUAAUUGUUACGUAAAUGUAUGUCAUGUUGUGUUCGUUGUACGCCUUUUAUCGCCCGAUCAACAGACGAAGAAAAGCUAAGACCACUAGGCGUGGAGGCAAAGGGAGAAGCAGGAGAAGCAGAGAGAAAGCACGCCCUUGUCGCACCGAUGCAGCCAAAGAUACUCAGUCAGUAAUGAGGAUUUCCCACAAGAAGGACACUGUCACCAAUUACGACAUGCCACGUUCGGUCAACGCCCGCACCAUGUUCUCAUUUGUGCCUCCACCCUCUUCACUUUUCCAGUUUUACCAAUCUGAGUCCCCCACUAACACACUGAGCAGCGACAAUGUUGGGAACAUCGAGGAGCCCUCGACUUCCCUGUAUCCAUGUUUUGUCGGGAACAUGUCCACAGACUUUGCAGUGGUGGAUAGUGCCAAAGCCUGGGAGUGCUACAUAAAGCAGCAGCGCAGCAGAGACAGAGCGUACGGCCAUGACAAAAACAGACGGCGAUGCAGUGACAGAGACAAACACAGGUCUUCCUUGUCACGCCACAGUGAGAAGAAGCCGCCGGAGCACAGGGACUCUGCAGACUAUGAGCACAAACGUCGCAGAAUUGAAGGAGUCACCGGCAAAAAGAAGCAGAAAGACGAAGAGGAGGGCUCGCGAAAAAUAUCGCAAAGAAGUAGCAGCGACAGUAGGAAGGAUGACAGGGAGGCCAGGAAGACAAGACACAAUCACGCAGAGGGCAAAGACUCUGGGAAGGCUCGGAAAGCGACUGAGAAAAGAAAAUAA